CGCAAACAUGCCCGCCCAACCUGGAUUUGUCAAUAUUUUGGAAAGAAACAUUAACAUGUCAACUGGAUACCAGAUACCGUUCUUGGGAUGCCCGUCAGGCUUACAGUCAUCACCCCACUCGCUGGGAGCCAUGUCGGCCAGGGUUCCACUCGCGUAUUCGGGACUACAAGGAUACAACUUCAUUCCCUACCCUCACCAUAGACACAUUGCUCACAUGAACGCUGCGUUCGAUCUGAAGGCAGCUUCCCCGUAUCACCACGCACUCCUAGCCCGAGGGGGGCCAUUCUACUCCCCCUACCGACCGGGGCCCACCGAGGACCCCAGCAGGAUCGCCAAGGUGGCUACCCGGGAGAGCACCAGCGCGCUGAAGGCCUGGCUCAACGAGCACCUGAAGAACCCCUACCCCACCAAGGGCGAGAAGAUCAUGCUGGCAAUCAUCACCAAGAUGAGCCUCACGCAGGUGUCCACGUGGUUUGCCAACGCGAGACGAAGGCUGAAGAAGGAGAACCGAGUGAGUUGGGCCUCUAAAGGAAAAUCAGACGAGGAGGAGGAGGAGGAGGACGAAGAGCACGAUGGAGAUAGUGAUGGAGACGAGGGUCCUCUACGGACAUGUCGUCUGGAGGACCAGGAGGAGAGGGGCGUCCGAUCUGUGGACGAGGACGCGAACGAGGAAGCCGGACACGUGUACUGCAGUUCCAGCUCUCCGCACGAUAAUUCAGAUGUUCAACAGAAAGUCGACACGACGCGUAAAGACAACGAAGUCGCACUUGUGAACAAAGGUGAUAGUGAUACGGAGCAGACAUCCGCUCCUUUGGAGAGGGAAGACAUUAUCGCCUGCCAAAAACCUAAGAUCUGGUCCCUGGCAGAAACGGCCACUUGUGAAACAGUGAAGAAGGCUGUGGACACCACGCACCGGUUCCAUGGGGCAGAUGUGGGCCUCCUCUGGGCGGACUGGGCCGCGAGGAACGGGUUUUACAUCCCGCUGAUGUAUUCCAAUCCAGGGAGAUUGUAACCCAUAGUUGAAACCCAAUUCAGAGACUUUCCCCCGCAUUGAUGCACUUUAAAUUUUUACACUUCACUGUUGGGAAACUUUUGUUUUUCCCUUCAGUGUUUUUGGGGACCAAAGAUGAACCAUCCCAUGUUGAUAUGUAGUUGUAUUUUUUCAAAUGCCAAUCUGUAAAUUAUAUCUCCAAUGUCUUAUAAUGAAGAAUUAUUUUUGCUUUAAUAAAAAGUUAA